AGCAUGUCAGGGGUCAGCCAACGGGCGCCAUGUUAACGAAAAGCAUGUGGCAGACAGGAGCUCAAGAGUAACACAGCCGAAGAUAUGUAUCUCAGCGGCCAGGACGAUUUCUCGGCUCCACAGUCCUAUGCGAGUUACCUGAACGACAGCUCCGGCGAUGUGGCGGGCGCCGUGCUGCCUUUGGGCCACGAUUAUCCGGCUGAAUAUCAGCACAUGGUGCACGCUCAUUGGCGCGGAUUUCGAGCACCUCCCAUAUAUUACCGUGCUGGCAUUUACAUUGCAUUCUGUGCACUAAUGGGCCUAAAUCUGUUCGGGAAUGGUUUGGUCAUCUGGAUAUUCUCCACUUCUAAAUCUCUGCGUACGCCCUCGAAUUUGUUAAUCCUGAACCUGGCCAUCUUCGAUCUGUUCAUGUGCACCAAUAUGCCGCACUAUCUGAUUAAUGCCGCCGUGGGCUAUAUAGUGGGCGGGGAUUUGGGAUGCGAGAUCUAUGCCCUGAACGGCGGCAUCUCGGGCAUGGGUGCUUCGAUAACGAAUGCGUUUAUUGCCUUCGACCGAUACAAGACCAUUUCGAAUCCCAUCGAUGGCCGCCUGAGCUAUGGACAGAUCAUUAUGUGCAUCAUAUUCACCUGGCUGUGGGCAACGCCGUUUUCGGUGCUGCCUCUCUUCCGGAUCUGGGGUCGCUACCAGCCAGAGGGUUUCCUGACCACGUGCAGCUUCGAUUACUUGACCAACACGGAUGAGAAUCGCUUGUUUGUGCGCACCAUAUUCUUGUGGUCGUAUGCCAUUCCGAUGACCAUGAUUCUCGUCUCCUACUAUAAGCUCUUCACCCAUGUGCGCACCCAUGAACGCAUGCUCUCCGACCAGGCCAAGAGGAUGAAUGUGAAAUCGCUUUCGGCGAAGGCAAACAACGAUGCCAUGAGUGUGGAACUCAGGAUUGCCAAGGCAGCUCUGAUUAUCUACAUGCUCUUCAUACUGGCCUGGACGCCCUACUCUGUGGUCGCAUUGAUAGGCUGCUUCGGUGAGCAGCAAUUGAUAACUCCAUUCAUAUCCAUGCUGCCCAUGUUGGCCUGCAAGUCGGUGUCCUGCCUGGACCCCUGGGUAUAUGCCACGAGCCAUCCCAAGUACCGGCUCGAACUCGAACGGCGUCUACCUUGGCUGGGCAUACGCGAGAAACAUGCCAGCCCCGGUGCAUCGGGCGGUCGGGAGAGUGUGGCCAGUGUCAGCGGCGACACAUUGGCCAUGAGCGUGCAGAACUAAUUCGACACGGAUGGAAUAUGUGUGGAUGGAAUAGGAAUAUACAUAUGUAUCCAUGAGUUAUCAAGUGCAAGCAAUGAACUACAAGAGUUCCAAAAAUACAAAACAAAAAAAGUUGGCAUUAA